GGACGGGUCGGCUCCGCUCCGCUCCGCGCAGCGCCGCGCACCGCGGGGGUCUCGCCGCUGAGGCGCGGGAAAAAAAAAAAAAAAGAAAAACACCUCCCCAAAAAAGCCAAACUUGCCCAGCUUGUCCUCUAGGCGCUCCCUGCUGCAGGAUGAAUUAGGAAGGCAAGGCCUCUUCCUCUGAACCAUGGAGACAAGGGCGUCUUUCAUCGCCACCAUGCAAGAGACCCAGCAUCUCUCCCCAGAGAAGGGUCAGAGCCCGGCCAACGGCAACAUGGAGCAGUUUGAUUCAGAUGAGGGCUCCAGCAUUGAGGACACAGACUUCAACUGGGACGAGUUCCUGGAGGAAACAGGAGCCAGUGCUGCUCCCCACACCUCCUUCAAACACGUUGAAAUCAGCCUUCAAAGCAGUUUCCAACCAGGGAUGAAAUUAGAAGUGGCCAACAAGAGCAAUCCGGACACGUACUGGGUGGCUACGAUCAUUACAACAUGUGGACAGCUCUUACUGCUUCGUUACUGUGGCUAUGGAGAUGACCGCAGGGCGGAUUUCUGGUGUGACGUGAUGACAGCGGAUCUUCACCCAGUUGGCUGGUGUACACAGAAUAACAAGGUCCUGAUGCCUCCAGAUGCAAUCAAAGAGAAAUACAUGGACUGGACAGAGUUUCUCAUACACGAUUUGACCGGCGCCCGGACUGCACCUGCAAAUUUACUGGAAGGCCCUCUGCGAGGAAAAAACCCUGUAGACCUCAUUACAGUUGAUUCCUUAAUAGAGCUGCAGGAUUCCCAGAAUCCCUUUCAGUACUGGAUAGUUAGUGUGGUUGAAAAUGUUGGAGGAAGAUUACGCCUUCGCUAUGUGGGAUUGGAGGAGACUGAAUCCUAUGACCAGUGGUUGUUUUACUUGGAUUGCAGACUUCGACCAGUCGGUUGGUGUCAAGAGAAUAAAUACAGAAUGGACCCACCUGCAGAUAUCUAUUCUCUGAAGAGUGUAUCUGAGUGGAAAUGCGCUCUGGAAAAAUCCCUUAAUGAUGCAGCAAAUUUUCCUCUUCCAAUGGAAGUGUUCAAGGACCAUGCUGAUUUGCGAAACCACUUCUUCACUGUGGGAAUGAAGCUGGAGGCGGUGAAUAUGAGGGAGCCGUUUCAUAUCUGUCCUGCAUCAGUGACCAAGGUUUUUAACAGUCAUUAUUUACAAGUGACCAUUGAUGACUUGAGACCUGAACCCAGCAAAAUCUCAAUGCUUUGCCAUGCGGAUUCCUUAGGGAUCUUGCCAAUACAGUGGUGCCUUAAAAAUGGAGUCAAUCUCACACCUCCCAAGGGUUACUCUGGCCAGGACUUUGACUGGGCAGACUACCAGAAGCAGUGUGGAGCGGAGGCAGCGCCUCACCUGUGCUUUAGAAACACAUCCUUCAGCCGUGGCUUUACUAAGAACAUGAAGCUGGAGGCAGUGAACCCCAGGAACCCUGCAGAGAUAUGUGUCGCUUCUAUCACCUCAGUUAAAGGAAGGUUAAUGUGGCUUCACCUUGAAGGUUUACAGAUGCCCUCUCCAGAGUACAUAGUUGAUGUAGAGUCUAUGGACAUUUUCCCCGUUGGCUGGUGUGAAGCGAAUGCUUAUAACCUAACUCCACCACACAAAGCUGUUUUGCGAAGGAAGAGAAGAAUUGCAGUUGUGCAACCAGAAAAGCAGUUACCAUCCACAGUGCCUGUUGAGAAAAUACCUCAUGACCUCUGCCCGGUUCCUCAGCCAGACACAACAGGCACCAUCAAUGGGAGAUACUGCUGCCCUCAGCUCUACAUCAACCACCGCUGCUUCUCAGGUCCAUAUUUAAACAAAGGCAGAAUAGCAGAGCUACCUCAGUCUGUCGGGCCUGGCAAGUGCGUGCUGGUCCUCAAAGAGGUUCUCAGCAUGGUGAUCAAUGCAGCUUACAAGCCAGGGAGUGUUUUACGAGAACUGCAGCUAGUGGAAGACCCUCAGUGGAAUUUCCAAGAAGAAACACUUAAAGCAAAAUACAGAGGGAAGACAUACAGGGCAACCGUUAAGAUUGUGCGGACAUCGGAUCAGGUAGCAGAUUUCUGCAGAAGAGUCUGUGCAAAGUUGGAAUGCUGCCCCAACUUGUUCAGUCCUGUUCUGGUGGCCGAAGUCUGCCCAGAGAACUGCUCCAUUCAUACUAAAACCAAGUACACUUAUUAUUACGGGAAGAGGAAAAAAAUCAUUAAGCCACCAAUUGGGGAAAAUAACAACAUGAAAAGUGGACAUGUCAAGCCAGCCAGACGCAGAAAGAGACGGAAAUCCAUCUUUGUGCAGAAGAAAAGGAGGUCAUCAGCUGUCGAUUUGAAUGCUGCAGGCUCUGCAGAGGAGAGCGAAGAUGACGAGCCGGACGCGAUGGAGGACGAGACGGGAAGCGAGGAAACCAGCUCAGAGCUCCGGGAUGACCAGACGGACACCUCUUCUGCCGAGGUCCCCUCCGCCAGGCCCCGGCGAGCGGUCACCUUGCGGAGCAGCACCGAGUCGGACAGACCUCCUCCCACGGAGAGAGCCCGACGGAGCCGGAGACCGCAGCCCCACUCCUACAGCGAGGCGGAGAAGUGCGCGCAAGUCAAGGAGGAAAUUAAGCAAGAAGAGGAAGAGAAGCUCAUCCUGGACAGUAAUCCGUUGGAGUGGACCGUGACUGAUGUCGUGAGGUUUAUUAAACUGACCGACUGUGCACCCCUUGCCAAAAUAUUUCAGGAGCAGGACAUCGAUGGCCAAGCCCUUCUGUUGCUGACACUGCCCACGGUGCAAGAAUGCAUGGAACUGAAGCUUGGUCCAGCCAUCAAACUGUGUCAUCAGAUCGAGCGAGUAAAAGUUGCUUUCUAUGCACAAUACGCCAACUGACUGCACUUCUCCAUUUCUUUCUGUUCUCCUUGUUCCCUCUCUUUUUUAACAUUUCAACUUGUUCAAGGGUUUUUUUUCCCCUAUCCCUUUUCUUUUCCGAGAACACGUGGAAUUGGAAGCACUGGGAAUUAAUCUGUAGGCAAGGAAAAAAAAAAAACCCAGAACAGAAAACUAGCAACAAAUUGAACUAUUUUUUCUGUACUUGUAAAGCACACCGAAAGACUGCUGGCAUCUCUCCUCGUGAGCCUCACCAACCCGUUACGCAGUGGUGCAAGGCCAGCACGGAUCAGAUGGUUUGUCAUUUGUUAAAACAAAGCUACCGAUGGCAGAUGCAUUCCCAAGGGGAAGGGUUGGACACUUCCAGAUGAUGAUGGUUUGUCUAGGCCAAUUUCUGGACAUGAACAUUUCUUUUAGCCAACUCUGACACACUUCUUUCAUAUUGAAAUGUAAGUGAUCAUUUGUAGCAUUGUAGCUGGGGUUUACUGCAAAUUUGAUCUUAGUGAUCAAAGGGCUUUUUUUCUCCCGCCUCUCCAGUCUUAGAAAAAGUGUUAUACCAGUCAUACGCUAUUUAUUAUUCCCGAGUGAUUUAUGAAAAAGGACUCAACCCAUGGUCUCUGUAUGGUAUCAGACAAAGCUGCAGUGAACUGACAGGGAUGCAACAAGACCUAGUGUGCAGUAAUGUGUCCUGAGCUGUGCUGGCUGUGCACAAUAAGCUGAAUGUCUCUGUGAUGGGAUCUGUACAGUGCUGCAUUCUUGUACAGGAACAUGCACAAAAGCUUUCAUAGUCAAGCCCGUGCUCUUAAAUCCAAGUCACUUUAAAGACCUGACUUUGAGCCCCACAGAGUAAAAGGAAAAAAAGCUAUUCAGAUUUAAUGAUGAGACUGUUGAGUGAAUGCUGGUUUCAUUUGCACCUUCAUGAAUCUGGUUGCUAGGUGGGAAUAAAAAGCAUCAAUCUUUUCAGGCUGCGUACGCCACAGUGCUUUAGACCAGCUGAGGAUCCAGCCCAAUGCAGUCUAUAUAAAGCCCCCAGAUUGUCCCAGUGCCACCCUGGCUAGUGAAACUGGGGGCUUGCUUCAUGCCAAGCAGGGUAAGCACCAGAGAGGGUGAAGAAAUGGGUCAGACACCUUGGGUUUGCCUCAGCUGUGUUUACAGGAGAAGUAUUUCCCAUUUACUUUGCAGGGAUAUAUGACCCCAUCAGUCCCACGUGUUGAACCUGAAAUUGCUGUAACUCAGCAGAGGUUGGCGGCAUCACCGUGGUGUAAAAUUCUCUCAAAAGCAAGAACCAAACUGCGUCCAAGUCUGAAUGUUGCUCUGACUUUAAGGUGCAAGUGAAUCCCUCCUUCCGAAAGUGAAUUGGAUGGUUUGUGCUGAGUUUUAGCCUGAUUUCAUAGGAAACCACUGACUUCGGCAGAUCUUUGUUCUCUAACCAUAAACAGACCCCUGUUCCCUGGCCUCAGGGAACUCAGCUUGGAAAUUGUACACAGCUCUGUUAAAAUGCUGUGAUGCCAAAGCCCGCUCAGUGAAGACCCCUUCAAAAAGAAAUGUUAUUUCUAUCCCUAAACCUGAAGCCAGUGCUUAUGGCCAGAUAACGCCCACCUCAAGCACAUACCCUAUGGUGACAGCAAACUUCGAUCAGAUAAUCCUGCUGACCACCGUGUGCUCAGAAGAACCUACUGACUAACACCAGGCUAUAGCUGCUGCUUUCUGCGUCACCAGUUUCCUCCUUAAAUUCUUUGGAUUAAAGGGGGAAAGCCUCAGAAAUAAUAUUCUGGACUACAUCCGAAUCUGCCCUAGAGCAUGUGUUAGGCAAGAAGUAUUGACUCCAUUUGCCAUGCAUCACUGGGGAAUCUCUAGACUGUCUUUCAAUGAGUUUCCUGAUUUGCCACUGAGGAAUGUGAUGGGUGCAACCGCUGCAGGCUGGGCUAGAUCCUGCGAACUCCCAAGACUUCAAAAAUUUUCUUACAUGGGACAUCAGCAGGACUGGAUCUGUUCUCAGCUGUUGUCUUGUACUGAAGAUCUUCUUGUUCAAGUUUUAAUCAACUGAAGGGAAAAGUAGACACCUCUGCAUCAAAUGGUUUUCAUUUGUUUCUCAGAAAUCUAGGAAUAGGGUUCUGUAGUGGUGCAGACAUUCAAAAACUGGGUUUUAGACUGGAUUUCUACUGACAGUAGCAAUGGACUGUGUCCAUGCAACUGGUUUGAUAACUACUUUGGAUCCCUCUUAGGGUCCCCUAAAAAUGUUGCUCCGUGUUUCGUUUCUGAAGACUAAAGGAUUGUGCCCAGCAAAAUGAGAGCACAGCUGAGAAAAACAGGGAGGGUGCUUCUCCCAGCUUCUCCUUGCUUCAGCCCAGUCCCUCCAAUGGCUGGUAUAACCUCUGUCAGCAGGAGAUAGCUCCCAAAAGACUGCUAUCAGGAGAACUGGCGUAUGAGGACAUUUCAGGGAAGGGAAGCAGAAUGGCUGUUUGCUAAACAGCAUCCCAGCACUGAUCCUUUACUUACCACAUCCACCUUCUUUCGAGCAUCGUUCGCUGCUCUGGUAUUCUUGGAGUUUCUGGCCACCGGGAUUUGUUAUAGACAUUUAAUGCUUCCUGGGACACGUUGCGAAAACGUCAUUGUUUUUUCCAUCAACCUUGUAACUGUAGAUGUUCCUAUGGCAGCUAACUACUCGUGGAGGCACGGUCGGGGAGCAGACAGCCGCAGACUCUGAGAGCAGCCAGCUCUGAUGUUGGCCAAGCAGGGGAUGAGUGGAGCAUUGAGCCCAGCACGUGGGAGUCUUUACUGAUUGUUCAGGGAAGUUAAAUCGUAUUUAAAACUCACCUAUUAAACAGAAAAAAAGAGUUUUAAUUUUAUCCUGCGCCGGCUCUUUUAUUUCCUCAGGUUUCAUUCUCCUCACCAUUUGUCUUUCAAUUUAUUGUUCUUCAGUGUUGUGUCAUUUAUCACACUCUGUCCUUUCGGAGAAGAUUAUAACCUGAAAUCUUUAUUCUAAAAUUACCUUGGGUGGUAAAUGCUUUCUUAUUUCUUUUAGCCUGCAGGUUGGGAAGAAAUAGGGGAUUGGGCUACUGUUGUCUGUUGCACUGAUUGCCUUCCAGAAAAGCUGGAGCUGAACUUCUUAGACAAUUUCUUAGGCAAGUGGAAAUGGACGGUGCAUAGUUUAAGUGGAUGGGAUGCGUGGAUUGUCACUUACAGCUUGAGCAGAGAUCAGAAGGAACUACUUACUCUUGCCUGGACUUCAUUUCAAUUCCGGAACAUUAGCAAGGCUUUGGAGUAAUGUACUUCAAAGGAGAUGUUGGAAACCCAAUCUCGCUGGGGUAAAAUAUCACUUUACUUUGCAAUAUAGAAGUAUAAGCCACUGGAAGGUUUUUUUUUUUUUUGGCCAGCCCCAGUUUUGAGUUAAAUUCAGAGCUGGUGCAACUUCCCAGAUACACCGAUGACACUGGUGAGGCCACAUCUUCUCCCUCCGCCUCCCCGGUUCUGAAUUUGGCAUCCAAGCCUGAAGUUUACUGUGUUAUCAGCUACAAAAGGCCACCACUAUAAAGUGCUGAACUCAUAAUUAAUUAUCCAAGACCAUUACCAAGGGCUGACGAGCAACCCUGCUGUUGCUUUUGGGCCGUUGGAUACUGAACUUCAGCACAUUCACACAGACUGCUUUGCUCCCACAAGAAGGGUGUGCAGGCACAUGUUAUUGGCCUCUCUUCAGGCAUAGGACCAAGGAUGAGCAUUUCUGGACCAAAAGUAGCGGGUUGCAGAGUGUGUGGUACCUGCCCAUCUUCAUCUGCUCUGGCUUCUUUUGAGCCUGCACUCAGUCAGGUUGAACAGAUCCAUGGGCAGGUCCCUGCUCCCUUCCCAACCCCCUCAGCACUUACCUUGACAGAAUCAGCCAAUUCCCAGUCUGCAGGCCCAAAGCACCAGUCUCUGAUGUUGGAUUAAAGCAUCAGCUUAGGGGAACGUCCGUGAUUCCCUGGCUGGUUGUCCUGCCUUCAUCCUGCUGUCGUGGAUGCUCCUCUCCCACCUUGAAGAAAAAUGCUCUCUUUAGUUUCAGAGCUCUUCCCUUUCCAGCUCAAAAACACAGCUCACAUCCACAUUCCCAUUUAUUUCUCAAUGCCAGGGUGACCAAACCGUGGCUUUUUCUACCUCUCAGAUGUGUGAUGGCCUCUCAGCUCUGACAAGGGUUUCAGCAGCUCCAGCUCCACCAUGUUAACCAUAUGCAAUAGCCCUUGAUAGUUUGGUCCUGCAGGGUGCAGAAAACCUCCUAGAAAUGCUGUGUGCCCUUAGUAACCACUGAAAUCAGGGCAAAUGGUUACACACCCUGUCCUUAGUGAUGCAUCUAGCAGAUGCAUGUCUUAGCUGAGAUGGCCUGACCCACAGUGUCAGAGGUAUUUGAAUGUCUGCUAGGAUUUACAAAGUUUCCAAUUAGGCACCUAAAGCAUAGUAAUAUUUCACUCUGCGUAAACAGCUAAUUUGCCUUAAACUGGAAAGUCACCAUUCCUUGGCUUUAACCUUCAACCUUUUGCAGUCCCCAGUCGUGUGGUGUGGAGCAAACACCACCUCAGCUCUUUGAAGGCAAACCAGAUAUUGUUGGGCUGCCAUAAUCAACAUUUGGUCACCUGAAAAGCCUGCCUUGGUCUUUUCAGGGCACAAAAUUGAAUUUGGCAGAGCUGCAGUGUCAUCUCAAUGUUUUAGAAGCUCAGUACCAUCAGGGCACUUCAAAUACUUUUUGAUUUUCUGGUGCAGUGUGUCUGGAAAAUGAUGAACGGAGACUGUUCCUUCCAUUUCCAAAUUCAAGUGCCAAAAGAGAAGAACAUGCUGCAACUGAACACCGUUAAAACCAGCUUUAUCACAUGUGGGUAAAUAUAGUCUCAAGGGCUCCAUUUUGGUGCUAAGAUAUGUCACGCUGUGUUUUCCAUUGCUUGGUAUUACAAAGCUGAUUCCCUGCUCCAGGAAAUAUUUUCUGUAAUCAGCAACAUCUUAAGCAUUAGGAUUUUAUUUUUUUUCUUGAGGCUGUAGAUUUUUUAACUGGGAUACACUGAACAAAUACACCCCCCCCCAAUCAUGUGAGUUUUGGAGAAGUUUUAUACAGUAUAUUUAUGGAAAAAGUCUUUCAAAAUAUGGGUGCAUGUAUAUUUUCCCCUCAGUAAUAGUCUUCAUCACAUCAGCUGACCCAGAACUAAGGGAAUCUGUUACUCAGGAUUUGAUCGAGAAGUGACCGAGGUUACGGGAAGGGCCCUCACAGAUGUGUGGGUUGUGGGACCAGGUCUUCACCAAAUUUUUUCACUUUGAAGUCAAAAAGUGUGCAGUUAAUUAACAUAACAUUUAAACACCUCCUUCUCCUAGCAGGCAGAAAUUCAGCUGAAAUCUGCCAGACUUAACAAGAAAGUGCUUGUGUCCUUAGGUGCUCAUGAACUCCCAAUAAAGGAGCAGAAGCAUUUAAUAUUCUCAUUUAUUCUUUGGUACAAUACUCCAGCAAGAAGUGCAAAUUAUCUUAAUGGCUGCAUUUAGAAUAUGAGCCAGUCAUCAAAGAUGAGAGUUUUACAGCCCAGUAGUCCUUUAAAUGUCAGCUGUCCUGCAGAAGAGUGGUUUUGCAAUGGUUUGGUGCCAUGCUGUGGAAUUCUCUUGCAGAAGUCAUGUGAACUGCACAAAAACAACAUGGGUCAUAGUUUUAAAUACUCAUGGCAUUUCUCUUGUUUUAGUCUUUCAUGUUAAUUCUUACCUUGAAAAACAUCUCAUGUUCCUGAUUUAAAACUCCAGCUUCUGUAAUGGCCCGUGGCACAGCAUACCAGCAAAAUACUUUUUUAUCUAUCAUCACACUAUAGAUGAGCACGGGGGCGUUUUGUUGACAAGCAGUUAGGUCAAGUGAGACAAGGAGAUCUUGCUUCAACACCUUGUUGAAGGAGUCAUCUGUGCAGCCCAAAGGGCAGAUGUUCCCCACCGCUCACUCUGGAGGGACCGACGUUUCCAGUGAUGCUCUUGCUGGAUAGGUCGCGUAGCCCAAGUAGCCCAAUACAGCAGGUCAAUUGCCGUGUGGCUACCUACCCACAGAUAUUCCUGGUCUUGAUGACUGCCAAGGAUGUGGGAGAGGAGAGGGAGGGUUUCAGUGAAGGAGAGAGGUUGGAGUUCUGGGCUUGAGAUGUCUUUGUUGAGGGGGACCUCUCACAACAGGGAAGCACAGCUAUGAUCCAUGAGCAUCAUUCCUGAAGGUUUCUCUGAGUCUUUUUCACAGCAAAGAUGCUUUGAGCCCCAACAGGGGCCAGGUGAGAAGAAGGAAGGAAGCUGGCAAUACACUCAGAGCUACAAUGCUGAAAGGUUCGUAUUUUGUUUUCCCUGUGGAAUUACAGAGAUUUGGCUCAGGUGGCUCUAGGCUCCGUGGCUGGAUAGUAGGGAAAAUCAGUCUUUCUUCCUUGUACCCAACUCCUGUACAUCUCGGUUUGGGGGGCUGAAGAACCCCCUCUUGCACCUUUCAGACCUCCAUAGGAACUGUCAGGGGCUAAAACUUGAGCUCUCUCUCGUAGAAAAAGGUGACAAUGCCCUGAGUUCAGGUUGUGGGUCUACAAAACACUCUGCUCUGUGUUACGAUGUGACAGGACUAAAAUGAUCAUUCCCAAGUCACCCCACCUGCUUGUUGCUGCUCCAGUCUCACUGGAGAUUAUGAACCUUAUGUCUGCUUAUAAAUGUAUGCAUUAAAUUUCCCAGUCCCUGUUCCGCCAUACCUGGUCAGGAUGUGCUGACACACGCAGUUAUUCCAGCAGCCUUCACCUUCAGGGACCUGUCUGCUAGAAAAUCCUCACCUGGGGAAUGGUAUCGUGACACUUUCAUGUACACAGGCAGGGAUGUCGAGUACAGCCAGGCAUUUGCUGCAAUAUGGUCCAACAGAGGUGAAAGUCUCAAGUGGAGGCUUUGAAGGGCGUUGAGUCUUCUCAUGUACCAUGGUAGGACAAGGCAAGCACUUAAACCCUCCUGUCUCCUGCGGAACAACAGAAACGAGCUCCACAACCAGCAGUUAUGGUCCAUUCGUGGUGAUGCACGUUGGAAACCUUUGAAUUGUUUUGCAUUCCAGUUUGUACUGAAGAUUUGAUUCAAACUUUGUGUAUAUAAUCCCUUUGGUGUGUUACAAAUAUGUAUGUGUGUGUAUAUAUAUAUAUAUGUAUAUAUAUGUGUGUGUAUAUAUAUAUACAUAUAAAUUAACCAAUGCUGGUGUUUUUACUUUUUAAAGUUCACAGGGCAAAGGGCAUGUUGUUAGUUUGCUGUAAGAUUCUAUUCUGUAUAUAUGUUUUCAUGUAAAUAAGUGAAAAUCUAUAUUCAGAGUUAUAUUUUAAUUUUUAUUCAAAAUUAAAUAAAUCCCCUUUUUACUUGAAACAAUUGUAAGCCACGUUGUUAAUAAAGUGACAAUAAAUCAUA